AUGCCAUUCUCGGACACCGUCAAUGUCUUAGCUCUCGUGGGCCUCAUUCUGGCCACGGUCGCUGUCCACCGACUUACCCUGCAUCCGCUCUCACAUGUGCCCGGGCCAUGGAUCUUCAGCGUAUCUUCCCUCCCUCAGUGGAUCGCCGUCUUCCUCGGGAUCGAACCACAGACCCUUGCCCGCUACCACCGCCGCUACAACACGCGGGUCCUGCGCAUCGCCCCGAAUUUGGUCUCGAUCUCCGAUCCCAACGCCUUGACGACCAUUUAUGUGGCUAACGGGGGCUUCCUCAAAGAUGGGCGAUACUGCAACUUCGACGUCAACGGGGCUCCUACUAUCUUUUCCGCCAUCGAUAAGGCUUAUCGCGAUGUCCGCGCAAAGGCCGUCUUGACGCUGUUUGGCCCAGCCACUAUACGGGCUGGGGAAGGGGCACAGAAUGUUCAGCAGCAUGUUGAGAGAUUCGUCGCGCGCUUGGAAGAGGAAAAGAGGCGGGCGCUGCGGUCUGAUUCAACAGCGUUGUAUCGCGUCGACAUCUUAGACCUCGCUUUGCGGCUCUCGAUGGACGUCAUGACGGGCUAUAUGUUCGAUAGGCCGUAUGGAGCACUAUGUGAGAACGCAACGCCGGAAGCUCGCUCGCAGUCGCCAAAGUUCACGGAGAGUCCCUGGCUGCAAGCGAUCGCAGCGUUUGGGUACUACUCCAUGCUCCCAAACUGGCUAUUUUCCCUGGUGCUUGCUGUCCAUACUUCCCUUUGGGAUCCCGCCCGAGGGGCAGCCCUGGGCCGAGUUGACGCAUUCGUGCAGUUGCUCGUGGCCGAGGAACAGAUGAGACCAUCCAAUCCCACAUCGCCUACCUAUCAUGGCCGUUUGCGCGCGGCUGGGGCGACAACGAACGAGGUCAUCGGUAUAUGUGAGGGAUCGCUAUUCGCUGGGACGAGCUCGACCGGACAGACCCUGGCGAUUAUCCUAUUCCACCUUGUUCGUCAGCCCAAUGUUCACGAAAGACUCGCUCAAGAACUCGACCAGGACUCACCGAGUCAGGCUGGUUUGUCCGACAUACCAAACGUUCCGUACUUGCGCGCAGUAGUUAGUGAAGGCCUUCGGCUCGCUAUGACCAACCCUGCGCCCCUCACCAGGACUGUUCCCCAAGGUGGAUGUCUUGUAGAUGGUGUCUAUCUUCCCGAAGGCGUCUCGGUAGGUGCCUCAAUUCACGUACUGCAUCAUGAUCCGGAGGCAUUCCCUGAUCCUCUCGCGUUUCGACCUGAGCGUUGGCUGGAGGGGUCUGACAAGAGAAGGCGCGAUUUAUGCUUCUUUCCAUUUGGUCUGGGGUCCCGAUCAUGCAUCGGGAGAAAUCUCGCACUGGAAGAGCUGUAUGUGGCUGUUGCAGCGACAGUGAAAUCUGAUGUCCUGGAAGGGGCGGUCACAUGUCAAGAGAGGAUCAAAGUGAACGGGUGUUUCAAUGGAGAGGUUGAGGGGCAUACCAUUGGUAUUAAUUGGCGUUAA